UUUUUUUGCCUGUGGCCUGUUUUGUUCCUCAAUGGCUUCCGUAGCCAAAACGUGGGUUGCCCGGGGAGACGGCGGAAGUGUUCCAUCUCAGCGGCCCUGAUGGAGAAAUACGAGAAAAUCAAAGUUGUCGGAAGAGGAGCAUUCGGGAUCGUCCACCUGUGUCGGCGGCGCGGCGACGGCGCUUUGGUCAUCCUGAAGGAGAUCCCGGUGGAGCAGAUGUCGCGCGACGAGCGCCUGGCCGCUCAGAACGAGUGUCAGGUGCUGAAGCUGCUCAACCACCCCAACAUCAUUGAGUACUACGAGAACUUCCUGGAAGACAAGGCGCUCAUGAUUGCCAUGGAGUAUGCACCCGGUGGCACCCUGGCCGACUACAUCCAGAAGCGCUGCAACUCGCUGCUGGACGAGGACACCAUCCUUCACUUCUUUGUGCAGAUCCUGCUGGCCCUCUACCACGUGCACAACAAGCUGAUCCUGCACAGGGACCUCAAGACGCAGAAUAUUCUGCUGGACAAGCACCAGAUGAUCGUCAAGAUCGGCGAUUUUGGCAUCUCCAAAAUCCUCGUCAGCAAAAGCAAAGCGUACACCGUGGUGGGGACGCCCUGUUACAUCUCCCCGGAGCUUUGCGAGGGAAAGCCGUACAACCAGAAGAGCGACAUCUGGGCUCUGGGCUGCGUGCUCUACGAGCUGGCGAGCCUCAAGAGAGCCUUUGAGGCCGCAAAUCUCCCCGCCCUGGUGCUGAAGAUCAUGAGCGGCACUUUCGCCCCCAUCUCGGACCGCUACAGUCCAGAACUGCGCCAGCUGGUCCUCAACAUGCUCAACCUGGAUCCCUCCAAGCGGCCUCAACUCAACGAAAUCAUGGCGCUGCCCAUCUGCAUACGCCCGCUGCUCAAUCUUUGCACGGACGUCGGCAACGUCAAGAUGCGCAGGAUUGAGAAAGCGCUGUCCAACGUGCAGACCGGCCCCCGGGGCAGAGCCGGAGGGAGAGUGCCAAGCGGCAGAUCCAGAGACGGCUGCGGCGCGGGCAAGUUGCAUUCCCUGCGGCUGUCGUCGGUGUACACGUGGGGCAGCGGCAUCCUGGCCCCGCUGCGUCUGCCCAUGCUCAACACCGAAGUGCUGCAGGUGUCGCUGGGACGCACGCAGAAGAUGGGCGUCACCAAGUCGGGCCGCCUCAUCGCUUGGGAGGCGCCGUCGGUGGGGUCCGCCGAGCUCAGCCUGCCCGGAGCGGUGGAGCAGACGCAGCCGCAGUUCAUCUCGCGCUUCCUGGAGGGUCAAUCCGGAGUCACCAUCAAGUCCGUUUCCUGCGGAGAUCUCUUCACCGCCUGCAUGACGGACAGGGGCAUCGUCAUGACCUUUGGAAGCGGGAGCAACGGCUGCUUGGGCCACGGGAACUUCAACGACGUCACGCAGCCCAAAAUCGUGGAGGCGCUGCUGGGCUACGAGCUGGUGCAGGUGUCCUGCGGCGCUUCCCACGUUCUGGCCAUGACCAACGAACGGGAGGUGUUCGCCUGGGGCCGAGGCGACAACGGUCGCCUGGGUCUGGGCACCCAGGACACCCGCAACCGUCCGCAGCAGGUGCCUUUGCCCGGCCAGCUGGAGGCCCAGAAGGUCCUGUGCGGCGUCGACUGCUCCAUGAUCAUGGGCGCCGGGAACGCCAUCGCCGCCUGUGGCAGCAACAGGUUCAACAAGCUGGGUCUGGAUAAGAUCACAUCAGGCGAGGAGCCCAGUGUCUCCGAUCAAGUGGAGGAGGUCCACUGGUUUGCGCCCGUCCAAUCGGCGCCGCUCAACCAGGAGACCAUCGUCUGCGUUGACAUCGGCACGGCCCACUCCGUCGCCGUCACAGAGAGCGGCCACUGUAUCACCUUUGGCAGCAACCAACACGGGCAGAUGGGCUGCGCUUCCCGACGGGGCAGCCGCGUUCCUUACCCGGUGCCCGGCCUGCAGGGCAUCACCGCGGCGGCCUGCGGAGACGCUUUCACGCUGGCCAUCGGGUCUGACGGUGAGGUGUACACGUGGGGAAAGGGCGCCCGCGGCCGCCUGGGGAGGAAAGAGGAGGACUCGGGGAUACCGAAGGCGGUGCAGCUGGACGAGAGCCAAGCCUUCGCCGUCACCUCGGUGGCUUGUUGUCAUGGCAACAGCCUGCUGGCAGUCAAACCUUUGUUCGAUGAAGGCGCCCCGAGAUGACGGCGUCCGCAAACGGCCGCUCGCUCGUCCCCGCAAUCGACACCAGCCACAAAAAGGUCGAAAACACCUCGAGGGGAUGAGAGCGGAGCAACAGAUAGCACUCUUGGAGGAAGACUUUGGACAAGAUCUGGGCGUGUGCCUGAAAGCACUUUGAGUUUUGUGCGGUGGGACCAGAAAAGGGAAAUUCCCCGAACCCUUGCCACAAAGCAUACGAUUGUCCCAAAAAUGUCACAACAAUGAGGCUCCAACAACCAAGUCUCAUCCCGGAGUUCCGCGGUGGCGACGCGCGUUGACGGAAAUCAAAAGCCUCAAAAACAGGCGCCUACGUCAUUGCGUUUUAAACAUAGCUACGGGUAAUUACACGCGAGAUGUUCCUUCCAGAACACAUUAGGAUGGGGGAAGCCGGCGUGAACAGGACAAUCGCAUGCAGAAAAGGCAGCAAGUCCAAUUUUGGGCAAGUCAAUGUCAUGAAAGUGUCCCCCCCCCCCCCCCCCACACACACACAAUGUUUCCUCUCAUCUCAAUUUGUAUUUAUUUUGAUA